CGGUGGAAGCGGUUUGGCGCAAGUUUGGCUUCAGUCUGCGGGGAAGACGGACGCACCGCGGGGCAGAGAGAGUUUGAAGACCCGAGAAAACGCUCCACUCUGAGCUGAGAAGACUUCAUUCAACUUUCGAAACAGGUCGAACACAAAAUGCCCAGCACACGCUCUCAGGGCCGGGAUCAGCCCACGCUGCAGUUCCCCCGACGGAAAUCCUGCAGAGUUUCCUCCCGCUCCAAGACGCCUCUGUCCCAGAGGUCUCCGGUCUCUUCACCCUCCAAGCCCGAACCUCAGCACCUCGCCUCGACCCUGAACCAGAUUGGACCACUCUCACCAAGACGCCAUGCAGGCCAGCCCACCCCUCUGUCGCCUAGACGUCCACCACCCUCCUCUCCCAGUCUCCAGCCACGGCUUCCCCUCAGUCCCAGGAAACGCACAGGUGACGACAACCGCUGUAACCUGCUGGGUUCCCCACCGAAGCAGAGCAAACCGACUCUGGCCUCGCCCCGAAAACUGGGCUUUGACGAGAACUCGCCGGUUUUAGCUCGCCGUCAGCUGGUCCCGUCCUCGCCGCGACAACAGCUCUCUCCCACUUCCACAUCGUCCCCGAGACGACAGGAGACGCCAGCUGAAAGUCCGGCGCAUCAGAAGUCUGAGAGGAAGCCGCCGGUCGUUCGUCUGUUUGCAGAAAAGACGAGGUUUCAGAGCGUGAAGCAGGCGCUCCACACCGCCGUCCCCGAGCGGCUCCUGGCCAGGGAGGCCGAGCGGGCGUCCAUCCGGUCUUUCCUGGAGGAGAAGGUGCUGCAGCGUCUCCCCGGCAGCCUCUACAUCUCCGGAGCCCCGGGCACCGGCAAGACAGCCUGUCUCAGCUGUGUCCUGCAGGAGAUGAAGGCCGAGCUGACGUCCGUACAGACUGUGGUGGUGAACUGUAUGAGUCUGAGGAGCUCCCACGCCAUCUUCCCGCUGCUGGCUGACAAGCUGAAGGCAUCCGGCGGGCAGAACGGUCUACAGAGACUCCUGACGGCCCCGGGGCCCGCUGUGCUUCUUGUCCUGGAUGAGAUGGACCAGCUGGACAGUAAAGCUCAGGACGUCCUCUACACCAUCUUUGAAUGGCCGUACCUGCCCAAGUCUCGCCUCUGCCUCAUCGGUAUUGCCAACGCUCUGGAUCUGACUGACCGGAUCCUGCCCAGGCUGCAGGCUCGCCCUCACUGUCGCCCCCUGCUGUUACACUUCCCUCCCUACAGCCGACAGGAGCUCACCGCCAUCGUACAGGACAGACUCACACAGGCGUCAGCUGACGGGAUCCUCGACACCUCGGCGGUUCAGUUCUGUGCCAGGAAAGUGUCGGCGGUGUCAGGAGACGCCAGGAAAGCUCUGGACAUCUGCAGGAGAGCAAUAGAAGUUGUGGAGUCUGAUGAGAGAAAGAAAGCAGCCGAUUCAAAAGCCGAAGCUAAAGCUUCCCGGGUCAGCCUUCCUCAGGUUGCGCGGGUGCUGUCGGAGGUGUACGGCGACCGGAUGGCGUCUCAGAGCAGCGGCUCUGAGGGAGAGAGUUUCCCCCUGCAGCAGAAACUGCUCGUCUGCUGCCUCCUGCUGCUCAUUCGCAACGGAAAGAGCAAAGAGAUCGGCCUGGGAAAGCUGCAUGAGGUCUACAGUCGCCUGUGCGCUCAGAGGCAGGUGUCAGGAGUCGGUCAGGGCGAGUGUUUGUCUCUCUGCAGUCUGCUGGAGAGCCGAGGAAUCUUCGCUCUGAAGAAAGCCAAAGAGGCUCGUCUCACCAAGGUGUUUCUGAAGAUCGAGGAGAAAGACGUGGAAAACGCUCUGAAGGAUCGAACGCUGCUGGGCAGCAUCCUGGCUGCAGGACUUCCCUCAUGAUCACUUAUUUAUUUUUUUAUCUGAUUUUUAAUUUGAACAUAUGAACCAAGAUUUUUCUCUGGUUUGUUUUUUAUUCUCAUUUUUGCUGAGAAUUUGUACAUUUUUCUGAAAAUAUCUACUAAAAAAAUUUUUGUUUUAAACUUUUUUUCCUUUAAUUUUUUUUUAGCUGGUGUUGAUGCUCAGUUUUGAGUUGAUGUACAAUGUUGAACACUUCAUUUUAUGAAAUGACAGCAUUUGUUUCAGUUGAGAUUUGAAACAUUUCCAUUUUUAUGCUGUAAAUAAACAAAUGU